CUGGCGCGUACAUCUCUGUUAUCAAACGACAGAUACGUACGUCACUCAAAGCGUAUUUCCGAUAACCUGUGCGAUCUUAAAGCAGAGAUCGACGCCAGCGUCCGUUCAUGUUCGGAUUCAUUCGAUUAGUAUUCCCGUUUGAUUUCGUCGAAAAUGACAACCUCGAAGAACUUGAUUAAUUCGUUAGACAACGCCGUGUCGGAGACUUUGUCAGGAUUAUCUUACGCGUAUCCGCGAUUAGAGUAUCAUGCAUCGCAUGGAAUCGUAUUGUCACCAGAUUGCAGAAGUCGUAAAGAUAAAGUGGCGUUGGUUUGCGGUGGCGGCAGCGGACACGAGCCAUUUGCCGCAGGCUUUGUCGGAAGCGGUAUGUUGACAGCAUCCGUAGCGGGAUCUAUUUUUGCAGCACCACCGUCUAUACAUAUCACACAAGCUCUUCAAUGCAUUGCAGAAAAUAACAAAGCUGGCAUUCUUGUUGUGGUACCUAAUUAUACGGGGGACUGUUUGAACUUUGGCAUAGCGAUCAAGAAGGCUCAACAAGCGGGCAUCAAGGUAGAGGAAAUAAUUGUCGGCGAUGACUGCAGCAUUCCCGCAAGCGAGCAGAGCGUGGCUGGUAAACGCGGGCUUGUGGGCAUGUUAUUCGUUAUCAAAAUUGCGGGCGCUUUUGCCGAAAGAGGACUUUCUCUAACUGAGGUAGCGGAAAUUGCGCAGAAUGUAUCACGAAACACAGCGACCUACGGAGUGGGGCUAUCCGCCUGCACUUUACCAGGUCAAGGCCUCAUGUUCGAGCUUGCACAGGACGAGAUAGAGUGUGGAAUGGGUGUACACGGGGAGGCGGGAUACGAAAGAAUCAAGCUCGGGACCGCAUCCGCGUUGGUGACGCUAAUGCUGAAACGCAUUUGCGAGGCCUUAUCUUUGGCCGCUAAUGACUCGGUCGCGGUAAUAGUUAACAAUUUCGGUGCUUUAAGUCAAUUGGAGCAAGGGAUCGUCGUUCACGAGAUUGUAAUUCAGCUUCGAAAUAUGAAUAUAGAGCCUAUUCGCGUCUAUUCCGGCGUUUUAAUGACAUCUUUGAAUAGCGCUGGUAUACAUGUGAGUUUGCUCAAAUUAACUGAAAGUCACGGAGAUGUAUUCGUCAAGUGCCUCGACGAGGAAACAAUGGCACCUUGUUGGCCGGGUUGCAGCUAUAGCAUUCCUUCGACUGUCACUCGCCCCCUAUUUAAAGACGCGGAAAAGAAGAAAGCAGAGAAGAUAGGAAUAUCGUUAAAUGCACACGAGCAACGUCUGAUCAAAGUGUGUUUAGAAAACGCAUGUGCAGCUAUUGUCGAGCAAGAGGCAUAUCUCAACGAGCUGGACCGCGGUUGCGGAGACGGAGACUGCGGUUCGACUCUGAAAAGAUUUGCCGACGGUAUAUUGAAUAAUUUGGAUAACUUAUCCUUGUCACAUCCAGCAACGUUGUUAUCAGAAAUAGCGAAUAUAGCGGAGGAACAUAUGGGCGGAACAUCCGGAGCUUUAUAUUGUUUAUUCUUUACGGCUAGUGCGAAGGAGCUGGCUUUAUCCAAGCAAGGAGAGAAUUUGCGACAUGUUUGGUUUUGCGCGUUCCGCAGCGGAUUAAAUUGUUUAGAAAAAUAUGGGAAAGCAAAAGCUGGAGACAGAACUAUGAUCGAUACAAUGGACGCAACGUGUACGAUGUACGAGAGAAUGUUGAAAGAAUAUCCGAGCGAUUUUUACGAUAGAUUAAUUGCGGCGGCAUGGAAAGGAUGCAAUUCUACGAAAGAUAUGAAACCCAAAGCAGGACGAGCUAGUUACGUAAAACAGGUUCGGUACUUGACAGAAGUGGAUGCUGGCGCAUAUGCCGCAGCAACGUGGAUUGUGGCUAUUGUACGGACGAUUAUGCAAUUUAAAGAAUAACAAAUACUCUUGUUAUCUCUUUUUUUUUACUUGACAGUUGUAUUUCAACAUCAUUACUAUAAAUAAGGAAGAUAACAACUAAUAUAAUAUAAACAACAAAUUUAUCAUCUAAAUUGAAGAAUUAAUUGGUAUAAUUAUAUUGAUAUUAUUUCUCCUAUACAAUGUUCGGAAAUAUUGUAAAUAUCAAUACAUACCAAUACACGCUAUAUUUUCUACAUUAAAUACUUUUGAUAAAAUGAAAA